GGAAUCCAAGAAACGACAGUUGAUUUGUCAAAUAGCAAAAACGAGAGUGCCCAUAAAAAAGCAAAAGAAAGAGGGGCUGCGAUGUCACUCUCUUUUGCCUCCCCUUAACUUUCCCUUCUAUCCCUCUUUCUCUUUCUCUAGGGGUUGCAGAGCAGCAGCCACACACACACACACAAUCUCAAUCCGCCAUGGAUUGAUCAUUUUGCUGCUGAAAUUUCGACGUUUUCGUCUUCUAUUUUGCUUUUAAUUGCUUAGCUUUCCUGCCAUGGAAAAUACAGAAUCAGUUGCAACACUCAUAGACUCCACAACCUCAAAGAUACAACAACUUCAGAAAGCAUUCGCUGAACUUGAAAGUCAUCGGGCAGUAACACUCAACUUGAAAUGGAAAGAACUUGAAGAACAUUUCCAUGGACUUGAAAGGUCCUUGAAAAGACGUUUUCAUGAGUUGGAAGACCAGGAAAAGGAGUACGAAACCAAAACCAGAAAAGCCCAAGAAGUAUUGGAGAAGCGGGAAGCUGCUGUUUUGGCCAAAGAACAAGCUUCAUUGGGGAGACUCCAAGAGAAAAGAGAUGCUGCUGUCUUUGCCAUUACUAAUGCUUUACAGAAGCACAGGAAGGUGUCGAUUGUGGAACCUGCUGUUGUGACUAGUGAUCUCCAAGGUGAGCUCUCAACAAUUGAAGACCAACCACCUGAAACCUUGGCUGCUGAAAGUAACUUGGGAGAGACUAAUAAUAAUGGAAAUGUGGAGGCGAUGUCUUAUCCAGAGUUAUUCAAACUAUGUGAAGCAAUGGACUCAGAAGGGCUGCACAAAUUUAUCUCAGACAAUCGGAAGAACCUUGCUGUUCUAAGGGAGGAAAUUCCACUUGCUUUAAAAGCUGCAGAAAACCCAGCUCAAUUGGUUUUGAACUCUUUGGAAGAUUUCUAUCCCAUAGAAUUGCCAAGCAUUGAUGGAAAGAAGGAUUCAGCUCUACUGGGUCUCCGUCGAACCUGUAUCAUGUUGAUGGAGUGCCUUAGCAUUUUGCUCGUUUAUACAGACCUUGUUUCUAUUUCUGAUGUAAUAUCAGAAGACAUUAAGGAGCAAGCAAAGGCAAUCGCUGAAGAAUGGAAACCCAAGUUGGAUGCCCUUGAUGUGGAUGCUAGCAAUGGAAACUCCUUGGAGGCACAUGCUUUCUUGCAACUUUUGGCCACCUUUGGCAUUGCUUCUGAUUUUGAUGAGGAAGAACUAUCCAGGCUAAUUCCAAUGGUUUCUCGUCGUCGCCAAGCUGCUGAACUCUGUCGUUUUCUUGGCUUGUCAGAGAAGAUGCCAGGUGUGAUUGAAGUACUAAUAAAUAGCGGAAGGCAAAUUGAUGCAGUUAACUUGGCUUUUGCUUUUGAGUUAACAGAGCAGUUCUCACCUGUACCUUUACUGAAAUCAUAUUUGAAGGAGGCAAAAAAAACUUCACCUGUCAAGUCUGGAAAUGCAUCACCCACCGCUGUGCAGCAUGAGGUCAAUGAACGAGAACUGGCUGCACUGAAGGCUGUCAUAAAAUGCAUUGAAGAGCAUAAGCUUGAGGAGCAGUAUCCUAUUGAUCCAGUCCAGAAACGCCUUAGUCAGCUUGAGAAAGCCAAGGCAGACAAGAAAAGGGCGACUGAAGUUGCAAAGCCUCAAUGCAAGAGACCACGUGCCAAUGGUGCUGGAUGUGCACCCCGUGUCACUAACGUUGCUGUUGACAAAACCUUCUACCCUAGAAUCACUGAUAGGUACCCACAGUACGUGUACGACAGACCUUAUGUUUACACUGGACCUACCGAUCUUAUGGGUUCUGCUACUUACAACUUCUCUCCCAAUCAUGGCAACUACUUCGGAAACGGCUAUCAGUACCAGGCCCCAUAUCUCCACUAGUUAGUAAAGAUGGCAAAAAAAGAAAAAAAAAAAAAAAAAGGUGACUGAUCUGAUUUUAACUGCUAGCCUUAACCCUUCAGUCCGUUGAUGUUGUAUGAAUGAAUUUAAUUAUCUAAGAACACCAGAAAAAAAAUUCAAAAAAAAAAAAAAAAUGUCCUGUUAAUUUUUAAUCUUCUGUACAAGAGAUAAUUUGAUCCUCUAAUAUAUGUACUCUGUUUUCUGUGUA